AUGCUCUCCCCCAACUCUUCUAGGAGGUUAGGGCAAGACUGGAAAACAGUGGGGACAGCUGGAAGCCUCCAGAGCCUGAAGAAAUUUAAUAAUCAGGACUUUAGCCACCUGCGAGCCUCAUGUCUGAGCCAAGGCCUGCUAUUUGAGGAUGACACCUUCCCAGCUCAUGUCAGCUCCAUUGGUCCCAACUUGCUCCCAGAGGACAAACUGUGGCUUAUACAGUGGAAGAGGCCAACUGAGCUUCAGAGAAAUCCUCAUUUGAUCAUGGAUGGAGUUAGCAGAUUUGAUAUUAUGCAAGGAGAAAUAGGUGACUGCUGGAUGCUGGCUGCCCUGGGCUCCCUGACACUGCAGAAGCGAUUUUUGGAAAAUGUUUUACCAAAGGAUCAAGGAUUCCGGGAUGAUUAUGCUGGAAUUUUUCAUUUCCGGUUCUGGUAUUUUGGAGACUGGGUGGAUGUAGUGAUAGAUGAUCGACUGCCUUUUCUAAAUGGGAGAUACUUGUCUGUACAUCCUCGAACAUCAAACGAAUUCUGGCCAUCCUUGCUAGAAAAAGCAUAUGCCAAAUUGCGAGGCUCCUACCAGAACUUGCAUGGAGGCUACAUUUCUGAUGCUUUAGUAGACUUCACGGGUGGAGUCCAAAUACAGUUUUCAUUAAAGGACCCGCCUUCUGAUCUGGAGGAGAUACUGAAAGCGGCUGACAGAUCACAGUGUCUGAUGGGGUGUAGCACCUCAGGACAGCUGAGGAACAUAGAGCUGAGGAAUGGGAUCGUGCAGGGUCAUGCCUACACCGUCACAGGAGCUACAAAGAUACGCUACAAGAAUGCCUGGGAGCAUAUCAUCAGGAUCUGGAAUCCUUGGGGCCAUGGGGAAUGGAAGGGCGCCUGGAGUGAUGAUUCUCCUGAGUGGGAUCAUGUUGAGCCUAAAUACAGAGAAGCCCUCUGCAGGGACAAAGAUGAUGGAGAGUUCUGGAUGUCCUGUGAAAACUUCCAGGAGCACUUUUCUUGGCUGUAUAUAUGCAACAGCACCCCAACAUUUUUGGACUUUGGAGAUCAGAACCACACAACAUGGUCUGUGGACAGGCAUAUCUGCCAGUGGAGUUCGAUGCUCAGCACAGAAAGGAAAAACUAUUCCCCUGGUGCACUUUCGAGGAACUCUCAAUAUUUCUUCAAAGUGACAGAUUAUGACCCCAAAACCUAUAAUGUGGUCAUUUCACUCAUACAAAAACAUGCUGAUAAUACCCUGGAUGCACAGAAAUUGAAGAUUGGCUUUUUGAUCUUCAGGAAGAACUCCAAAAUCCUGAAACAAGAUUUUGCCUUGGCCCGAGAUGUGACCAACUACUUUAUCCUGAGCCCAGGAACCUAUGCUGUCCUUCCUGUUACGUCAGAAAACCAAGAAUUUGAAUUUCUCUUACGAGUUUUCCUGAAGAAUCAAGACUACAAUGGGGAGCCAGACUACCCUCUCAGCCCAAUGCUGCCGAAGGAUGAACUGAGAUUCAACCAAGACAGCUCCUAUAAGAUUAUUUUCCUAAGAUACGCCAAUCAGGGCUCAGCUAUUGAUGCCUCACAACUGCAACAACUGCUUAAUAAAGAGAUCCUGCAAGAAGAAAUGACCAGCCUGGGAGGAAGAUUCAGCUUCGAUUCGUGUAGAGGCAUUUUAGCUCUGAUGGAUCUCAACUCUAAUGGAAGACUCACACUGCAGGAGUUUGGGAGCCUCUGGAGACGUCUCGCUAAGUACAUGGAUAUUUUCAAGAGGGAAGGCAGAAAUCAUUCUGGGUUUCUUGAUGUGUCUGAACUGAAGAGCGCGAUACGGAGAGCAGGCCUGUCCGUCAACAAGCAGCUGCUCCAGCUGAUGACCCUGCGGUAUGGUGACACCGCCAGGAGAAUCGGCUUCUCCGACUUCAUCUGCUGCAUGCUCCGUCUGGAGACUAUGACCUAUGCAUUUCAAAACCUAGCAGAGGGUGGACCACAGCUUUCAAUGACCACAGUGGAGUGGCUGACUCUUGUCAUGUACUCCUAA